GAUGGGUAUAUAAACGCCAUUCGUACGUUGUGUACCUGUUGUGGUAUCUUGACUCUUGUGUGUGUUGGUUGGCAGGGGCGUUACUGGUAUGAUUGGGCCUAUGAUAUGAUUGAACGGGCCUCGCCUCUGUUCAUACGAAUCCGUGAAAAGAGGGUGAGGUAAAAUCGAGAGACCAAGCCUUGCACUCGGCGCUAGCAAGUCGACGUGCCUGCGGGUGAAGCCAGAGACUGCCCGUGAGGUGCUGGAAUUAUUGUGAGGAGGCGUCAGCGGCCCAGCUGACGUCGGGUGGCCGAGUCGGCCAUGGAGCUGGACCCGGUAUUCCUGCGCGGCCUGCGCCUGCUGCAUUCACGCUCCCGGGACUCGGCCGACCAGCUGCGCGCGUUGCUGGACGAGGUGCGGCUGCGCUCAGGCCGCACGGGCGGCAAGCUCUCGCCGGCCAACAUGAGUCCACGCUCCACGCCGGGCCUGGGCCGCGCCGCCGACGCCGGUCUCAAGCGCGGGCUCGAUAAGAUAAAGGAUGACCUCGGCGACAUGAACAUCAAGCGGGCGCGCGUGGACUCACCGGUGGGCUUCAAAUCGCACACGCCGUCGCCCACCAUGUCCCGCGACUCGGACGCCAGCAAGAAGUCGGAGGACUCGGACCUAAACGACACGGCCGGGCUCGAGAUGGACUUUAUGGUUCAGUUGGCGUGUGUCGUCUGUAGGAACAUCGGUGUAAGCACGGGCAAUCAGCUGAUCGAAUGUCAAGAGUGCGGCAGCCUGUACCACCAGGAGUGCCACCGGCCGGCCAUCACCGAACAGGAGCGGGGCGACACGCGCGCCGUUUGGCUCUGCGCCAACUGCAAGGAACAGCAGGCCGCGUUGGCAGGCUCGUCACUCUUGAAGCCCGCCGCGGCAGCCAACAAGCUUGAGAAGAAUAAGUCUGAUAGCCUGCUAGUUAAAAAAGAUAACAAAGGCUCAGCCGCGCAGUCGGCCGGCAGCGGCGGCAGCAGCAGCCGGCCCGGUCCCGGUGCCAGUCUGCUCAAGUCGAAAGCGUCCACCAAGUCGCUGGGCUCGCUCCACCUGUCGAAGAGCUCCGGCCAGGGCGGCCCGCCAACGGCCAAGACCCAGCUCACGUCCAAGUCGACAGCCGGCUCGCGUCCGCCGCCGUUCUCGCCGAGCGCGGGGAAGGCAGCCGGCGGCGCCGCGCCGCCGCCCAACUCCAUGGUCUCAGCCGAGCGACGUAUGCAGCUGAUGAAGAAGAAGGCGGCCGCCAAGCUGAACGAGAAGCGCAAGAACUGAUGCGCGGCUACGACGAUAGACGACACUGCCGGGGGCCGGGGGCCGGUGGUCAAUGGCUGGUGCCGUCACUGCUGCCGCCGCCAGGUUACCGGCCGGUCGGCGAGGCCUGCCGGCAACGCCCUGACCACCACUGGACGAUGUCACCCAGUGGCGCUGGCGCGGUCUGGCAGCAGCGCCUUCUGGGAGCGUUCGGCGCCGCCCGGCCUGGCGUCCUCAGGGUGGGCGCCGUCCCGGCUUGACCCGUGGUCCCGCCGCGCCACCGGCGCUGAGCCGGCCGCGCUCUGGCGGCCAACGGAUGACAGAGCUUGGCAGGGCACCAGAGGCGGCUGUAGCUGGGACGAGUCAGGUCAAGUCAGGCACUGGCUGGGGUCGAGCGGAUAACCAACGCGACAGUCUUUUCCGCAAUGUCGCCCAGAUCACAGGCAUGCUGACGUGUUAGAGCUGGACAUAGUCAUUUUAGCAAACGAGAAGUCGUGGGCUGAUGCACGCUGUUCAGAUAGCGGUCGCCCGUAAGUUUUUGCUUCUGUCGAUCCAGGCGCUCGUCCUCACGUUUCAGCACACACGCCUAUACUGGACUAUGCGACGGGUACGGGUGUAACCACGUCUCUGAAGUGGGAGAGGGGUUAAACUAGGACCGGGAAGGGAGGAACUAGAAUCCUGGGAGCAUCCUGACCUGAAAGGGGUAGUUUUAAUAUGCGAGGAUAAAAACGUACAUGACGAGGGAAGAUUCGGCAGUGCGAAAUCGUGCUGCGGGAAAGUUAGGAUUGGCAUGACCAUCCUGCCGUCGUAACACCCAUGGACAUGGGGCAUAGCAUGUUUAUUGACUAAGGCGAAGGUUGCCGUGAUAGGGCAUGGUUGGUACAAUGGAAGGACUGCUUUCACUUCCCCUCACCCCUUACCGCGACUUACAGAGAUGAAAAUGUCCGGAGAAACAAACGAGCUAGGGCACGUGACUGGGGUCCUUGGUUCUGCUGCAUCCUCCAACCCACACAUCGAGUGAGCGCGCUCUAGUCAUUCCUGAACGCGCUACGCAGUGAGGGCGUCUUCUGACGUCACAUAAUGGUAGACCUGUAGGGUACCAGUUAUCUCAAGCACCCUUAGGUUAUUGCAAAACAAAUCAUGGACAGAAGCGAUCAUACCGUCCCAUCCACUCGUUGUGUUAGUGGCGUGGCACCAAGUGAUUAAGCUGUGUCGUGGUGGAAUUACUCAUGUCUGAGCGACACUGGCGUCGCGUCGGUAUUCUCAGGGGUUGGCCGGCCGGCCUCAUCGAGGCGUUACACUCCCUCCGAAUGCACUGUAACACGGCUGACGCGUCGCUUCGGGCGUAUGACCUGACUCCCAGCGGACCUUUCGUUUACACGUCGCCUGACUCCCAGCGGGCCUGUUGUCUACGCGUCGCUCGGCUCCCAGCGGACCUGUCGUUUACGCGUCACUUCGGGUGCGUCGCCUGACUCCCAGCGGACCUGUCGUUUACGCGUCGCCUGGCUCCCAGCGGGCCUGUCGUUUACGCGUCACUUCGGGUGCGUCGCCUGACUCCCAGCGGACCUGUCGUUUACGCGUCACUUCGGGUGCGUCGCCUGACUCCCAGCGGACCUGUCGU